ACUUCCGCUACUCUGCUCUUUCACAGUUUACUACCACUCACUCAUUUUUACACUAAGUAGGCUGCGUGGGGUCCGUGGUGACGCUCCAAGUUCAUACACCCCCCCUCGGUCUUCCCUGCCUUGGGGAACAUAUCGCUGGAUUAGUGGACGUUUUUUUACCCUUAGCAGCAGGAGAAGGACAGCUGAAGCGUGAGGAUGGCCCAGCAAGCGGCCGUGGGCCACCAGGACACGCUGGCAGUGCCGCCCAUGCCCAAGCAUGUUGGGUUGAAUGAGGACCUAGUAAAGAUCUUGAGGGAGAACCUCCUGCAGCAGGAGCGACCUCGUGGGCACCGCCGCUCGCCCUCGUCCAUAUCGCCCCGGCUGUCACCCAGGAACUCUCCGCGCCUUCUACGACGGAUGCUUCUCAACAACAACAACCACAAGCAGCGGCGUUUCACUGUAGCGCACACAUGCUUUGAUGUGGACAAUGGCACCUCAUCAGGACGCAGUCCGCUGGAUCCCAUGGCCAGCCCGGGGUCAGGGCUCAUUCUCCAGGCCAACUUUGUGCACAGCCAGAGGAGAGAGUCCUUCCUUUACCGCUCUGACAGUGACUAUGACCUCUCACCAAAGUCUAUGUCCAGGAACUCCUCCAUCGCUAGUGACAUACAUGGUGAUGAUAUGAUUGUAACACCUUUUGCACAGGUUCUGGCGAGUUUAAGAACUGUCCGGAACAACUUUGCUGCUUUAACAAAUAUACAACAGGAAAGGACCAAUAACAAGAGAUCCCCCAUGUGUAACCCACCUCCCAUCACAAAGACCUCCUACACAGAGGAGGCCUACCAGAAACUGGCCACAGAGACCCUGGAGGAGCUGGACUGGUGCCUUGAUCAGCUCGAGACCUUGCAGACCAGGCAUUCGGUCAGUGAGAUGGCAUCCAACAAGUUCAAAAGGAUGUUGAACAGAGAAUUAACUCACCUCUCAGAGAUGAGCCGAUCUGGUAACCAGGUGUCGGAAUUCAUCUCCAGUACAUUCUUAGACAAGCAACACGAGGUGGAGAUGCCAUCGCCCCAGUCUCAGAAAGACAAGGAGAAGAAGAAAAGGCCGAUGUCCCAGAUUAGUGGUGUAAAAAAGCUAACGCACAGUUCCAGCCUCACCAACUCCAACAUACCCCGAUUUGGAGUUAAAACUGAAACAGAGGACGAGCUGGCCAAGGAGCUUGAAGAUGUAAAUAAAUGGGGCCUUAAUGUCUUCAAAGUCUCUGAAUUUUCUGGGAACAGACCAUUAACGGUUAUGAUGUACACAAUAUUCCAGGAGAGAGACUUGUUAAAGACGUUUAAAAUUCCCCUCGAUACCUUUAUCACCUAUCUGAUGACUUUAGAGGACCAUUACCAUGCUGACGUUGCCUAUCACAACAAUAUCCAUGCUGCUGAUGUCACACAGUCUACUCAUGUUCUAUUAUCAACCCCUGCCCUUGAGGCUGUGUUUACAGACCUUGAAAUUCUUGCUGCCAUAUUUGCCAGUGCAAUACAUGAUGUUGAUCAUCCUGGCGUCUCCAACCAGUUCCUUAUUAACACUAACUCUGAGCUGGCCCUCAUGUAUAAUGAUUCAUCUGUGUUGGAGAAUCAUCACCUGGCUGUAGGUUUUAAACUGUUGCAGGAAGAGAACUGCGAUAUCUUCCAGAACCUGACCAAGAAACAGCGGCAGUCACUUCGCAAGAUGGUCAUUGACAUUGUUCUGGCCACAGACAUGUCUAAACAUAUGAAUUUGUUGGCUGAUCUGAAAACCAUGGUGGAGACCAAAAAGGUGACCAGUUCAGGAGUAUUACUACUGGACAACUACUCAGACCGGAUACAGGUCUUGCAGAAUAUGGUGCACUGUGCGGACCUUAGUAACCCCACUAAGCCGCUGCAGCUGUACAGGCAGUGGACGGACCGCAUCAUGGAAGAGUUCUUCAGCCAGGGCGACAGAGAGAGGGAGCGUGGCAUGGAGGUCAGCCCCAUGUGUGACAAGCACAAUGCAUCUGUUGAGAAGUCCCAGGUGGGCUUCAUUGAUUACAUCGUGCACCCACUGUGGGAGACGUGGGCCGACCUUGUGCACCCAGACGCCCAGGACAUCCUGGAUACGCUGGAGGACAACAGGGAGUGGUAUCAGAGCACCAUUCCCCAGAGCCCCUCUCCUGCACUGGACACCAACAGCGAGGGCCGCCGCACCGCUGGUCAGGAGAAAUUCCAGUUUGAAUUGACUCUAGAGGAGGAUGGAGAAUCAGACACGGAGAAGGACAGCAGUAGCCCUCCUGAUGAGGAGGAGGAGGAGGAGGAGGAGGAAGAUGAGGAAAACAGUUGCAGUGACUCUAAAACCCUUUGCACACAGGACUCCGAAUGUACAGAAAUCCCCCUGGAUGAGCAGGUGGGGGACGGACAGGAAGACGAAGAGGAAGAGGAGGAACAGGAAGGAGAAAGGGAAAUAUCAGAACCCUGUGUUUUAGAGGAGGAGGAGGAAGAGGAGGAGGACACUGCGAACACAUAACACAGUAUGACACGGCAUCUGAACUUUUUUAUAUUAGAGAUGAGAAACACUUAUUUAUGGUUAAGAUAUUAGUUUUUUCAUUGUCUAUUUUGCAUACUUCAUUGUUCAGAAGUGCUUUUUAAUGUUCGCCUUUUAGCUAUUUUUAUUGAUUCAUUUUAUUUCCUGUUUUUGCACUCAGGAAUAGCUUUUCCACUCCCAUCUUUCACUCAAAAAAGACAAAUGUAAGGUUGAAACAGCUUGAAUAUGUCUUUUAUAUCUGGUUUGUGAGGUACUGUUUUUUUCUCUCCCUCGACUGAAGCAGUAUUUCAAAAACAUUUAACUAAAGAUCAGUUUUUUGUUGUUUUUUUUUUUUACUGUUUUUUCGCCAACAAGACACUAAUUGUUCCUGUUUAUCUGAAAAAAAGGGGUAAUUCGAAACAUUUCAGCAGACAAACAUUUUGGUAGAGAUCACUAAAUGCUUUGAACUUCACGUCUUCCUUGAUGCCUUGAAUGUGUUAUUUACCUGGAUUUUGUUGUCUGUUGAGUCUGCGUAUCAAGUAUUAUUUAAAGUGAAUGGACGCAGUACCAAAGUGAAAUGAAAAGACUCAUGAGACUCAAUUAUCAUACUGAAAAUACACAAUUUGACAUUACCAUUUUUUUUUAUUUAAAUUACCAUUUUUGGUGGUAAUUUGCUUCUUUUUUUUUUCUUUUUUUUUAACCACUGUUUGUUGCACUCAGAUUUCUGUAAACAAUGAGUUCUGUAGUUCUUUAAACCUGUCUCUUCAACUUGAUAAUACUUAAGUAUGGCCAAAUUUUAACAUUGAACUUUUAUUUUAUAUCUCUGAGUACAAAAGCUGAUGAUUCUGUUCAUAAAACAGCUUGAAUCAGCCUUUAAUAUGUUUAUUACCCAACUUAGAAUGUUCAAAUAUCAGUAUACUUGCAAAGGAGUAAAAUUAAACCUGGGAAUCACUUUAUACAGUAAAUAAUAAUAAUAAUACUAAUAGUAACAAUUUUUUAAUGUUAUUAUUAUUAAUAAUAAUAUAUAAUAAUAAUUUAUUAUAAUACUUUUUAUUUUUUAUUUUUUUAUUUAUUAUUAUUAUUGCUAGGUGUUUUAUUCUGUUUUUCCUGCUCAGUUCUUUCUCAGAAUUCACUUGUUUCACAGUUGUUAUGGUGCCAUAUAUCCCUUUUUCCCUUCAUUUACCUCUUUCUGUUUUCACAUGAUCACAAGACAAUCAGCUUCAGUGCAGAGCUUCAUUGUAUGUGUGAACUUGGAUGCUUUGUACUUUUUUGUUGUUUCAGUUUUAAUUUUUCUUGUAUUUAUUAUUUUGUUAUUUUCAAUCUUGCCAAACAUUUCCACUUAUAAUGAUUUGAAUGCUGUAUUACUCAUCUCUGCCAGGUGAUCUACUGUAUACAUUUCUUUUUUAUAAUUAUUUGUAUGCUAGCAUUAUUUAUUAGCUCUCUUUGAUCUGCUUGUAGCAUCCACAAUGCCGGCUUAUGAGUCAGUUUUCCUAAAUCUAUUUUAAUUAUACAUAUGCAGUAAAUAUACUUAGUCAAAUGUAUAAAAUUAUGUAUGAUAUUGAAGCCUUUUGAAACUGCCCCUAUUUCAUUGCUGUCUUUAUUUACUUUAUUUAAAACUCAUUCUGUUGCCAAGGUUUUACAUGUGGUCGUUUAUGUUUUGUUUAGAUUUUUAUUGUCUCUAUUCACUACAUUGUUUCUCAUUUCUGUCUGUUUACAUGCGUGUAUUUAUUGUGCUGUACAGUACAUAUUGUUGCUCUUUUGUUGUUGUAAAUGAUUAUAUCAUCCCUUUUGGUGAUGGUGUUGUAUUAUGGAACUCUUACUGAGAGAAUGUUUGUUAUUCUUAGUAUAUAAUGUACCCAUUGAUAUGUGUCUCUAGAGAGAUUGCGUAGAGAAAGGGGAAAGCCAAAUUAUAGUCAUUAUUAUGUUUAUUUCCCAUUCUUUCUUUUUCAAAGAAAGUGGUUCAUUGGCCUGAGGGUUGUGCCUUAAAGAUAGCUCUUUACUUUUUCUCCUCUGGCUGUACUAAAGAAACUACUGGCUGGAAAUCAAUCUAGAUGUGUUUGUUGUUUUCCUCUUGUGAAGGACAAAUGCUCCCAGAAAAAAAAAAAAAAAAAAAAAAAACAUGUUUUAUAGACAAAAGCGUCAGACCUCAUUGGACAGGGUAAAAGCAGGCCAAAGUGUGGAGGGUUUGGGUUUGUGACCAGCUGUAAGUAGAACAUCAUAUUUCGGUCUGUGUUCAUAUGACUGAAACAUUCUAGAACAUCUAAAACAUUCUAGAACAUUUGCGUUUCAUGCAAUAUGAAAGAAAACACAUUUUGUUGUGGGGGAUAACAGGGCAUUUUUGUUUCCAGAUCAAGAGAGAAGUUAGAGCAUCUUCACAAAAACCCCAAACUUCAAGUUGGGACUCAUUUUGACACAUAUACUGUAGAAUUGCCCUAUGUGGAUGAAAUCAGUGCAUCCUUCUACUUUUGUUUUUUUUUAAAUCAUGAGAAAAUACACAAACCGAAUUUGAAAAAAAGAGAUAUUUAGGGAUAACUAUUUUUUUGUUCUGUGACUUCAAUGACAAAUUGUCUGGAGGGUUUCACAAGACAGUGUUGUUGUUUAUUGGACUCCUUGUUUAUUGCAGUCUAUUGGAUAGAACUUUAGAAAUCAAAUUUAUGUAUGAAAACUGGUAAAAAUCCAAUAAAAAAUGUUUUGUUUUUUUUUUGUUUAUUUUUUUUUAUAUAUAUGCACCAAAAUAAAAGCAUGGGUUGACUCGAA